AUGUCCGCUCGCUCGCGACGAUCGAAUCCCCGGCUUCCUCCUUCGUCCUCCAAGUCUUCGUUUGACGCUGCGCGGGCGCCGUCACAUUCCUCCCCGCCUUCACGGCCGACGCCGCCCUCCGCCAAACCCAACGUGUCCUCCAACAUCCUCCUUUUCCUGAUCGCGUUCCGUCUCAUCAACGCCCUCACUGUCCGAACCUUUUUCCAACCCGAUGAAUUCUUCCAGUCCCUCGAGCCUGCCUGGAAGAUUGCUUUUGGCGAGAACCAGGGACCGUGGAUAACCUGGGAAUGGGAACACCAGCUGAGGUCCUCGCUGCAUCCGCUUCUUUUCGCUGCUGUGUACUCUGCUGCCGACUUCGUCGCACGAACUCUCGGACUCGCCCCCGCAUCACGCGCCGACCUCCUUGUCGUUGCUCCCGGGAUAACGCAGGCCUUCAUCGCAGCCGUCGGCGAUUUCUACACUUGGAAGCUAGCUCGGUAUAUUUAUGGGGACAGGAGCAAUGAGUCUUGGGCGACGCUUGCGUUGACCGUCGUCAGUCCGUGGCAGUGGUUCUGUUCUACCCGAACUCUCUCCAACUGUCUUGAGACUACGAUCACAAUUGUCGCUCUAUAUUUGUGGCCAUGGGGAUGGGCUCUGAAAUCUCGUGCUGCCGGCUCUAUAGUAGAGAGCAAAGGCGUUAGCAUCUCCAGAUUACGUAAAUGCCUUUUGCUGGCCGCUUUUGCGUGUGUCCUACGCCCUACCAACGUGAUCAUCUGGGUAGGCCUGGCCAGUGUUGCCCUGCACCGAAGUAGCUGGGCGCAGAGGCAGAUUCUUGCUCGUGAGGCUCUUCUUUGCGGUUCGUCCGUUCUCGCCGUGUCUACUGUUGUUGAUCGUGCCUUCUAUGGAUUCUGGACGUUUCCGCCCUUCAGAUUCUUGUACUUCAAUGUCGCCCAAUCGCUUGCGGUCUUUUACGGGGAAAAUGAUUGGACCUACUACGCUUCUCAGGGAUACCCUCUCCUCCUCACCACCGCACUCCCAUUCGCCUUGGUGGGAUUAUACCGCACUCUGAGAAAAACACCGUCGCUUGAGAAGGAAAAAGCUUCUAUUCUGGUUCAAAUUGCCUCUAUCUCUUUGGCUAUGCCUGCUACACUUUCUGUUAUUACUCACAAAGAAGUUCGCUUUAUCUACCCGCUGCUGCCGGCUCUACACAUUCUCAGUGCCUCGCCUCUAGUGGAAUUCUUCCUCCCCGCCUUGGCAACAACAGACCGCCAGUAUAUUCCACGACGACUCACGCUCAUUUUUCUCCUCUUGGUGAACAUCACGAUUGCGAUCUAUACGAGUCUUUUCCAUGCUUCUGGGGUCAUCUCAGUCUUAUCAUACCUUAGAGAACAGCAUCAAGUGCAUGGAAUCGCAACCGCCCUGUCGGCACCGAACGACAGCGCUGCAAGCUACGGUGGAAUAACUGCUGGUUUCCUCAUGCCCUGUCAUAGCACCCCAUGGCGUUCACACCUAGUAGAACCUACGAUCCACGCCUGGGCCCUCUCCUGCGAACCACCCGUCGGCCUAACGGCGGAGGAGAAAGCCGUAUACCGCGAUGAAGCCGACCAGUUCUACGACAAUCCGAAGGAAUUCCUCCGCGACAACAUGGUUGGCGGAUUGCGAUAUAUCCCCCGACGACCGUCAUAUUCGACCCCUCCGAAUUCCCCGCGACCUCCUACUCAACGUCUUCCACCUCACGAAUGGCCAGAUUACCUCGUCUUCUUUGCGCAGCUCGAACCAACCCUCAAGAGCUAUCUCCGGAGCUCGUCAUACGGCGAAUGCUGGCGCACGUACAACACAGACUGGCACGACGACUCGCGCCGUCGCGGCGACGUUGUCGUCUGGUGCCUCGACCCAACCGAGCAGCAAGCCUGGCGGUCGGAACAGCAUCAUCGCGCUGUAGAAGACCGUGACCGCCAGUUUGACCACAUUAUGCAAAGAUUCCAAAGUCACAUGACGCCGUCCAAACCAUCGAUCUGGGGUCAGUGGACAUCACCUUUCUCAAGGCAAUCACCUUCAUCAUGGUCGUGGCCCUGGGAGCGUAAGAAGCGGACGUUGUUUGGCUACGAGCUGCCUGAGCUGCCGCAGUGGAAUUGGCUUAAGGGAAAGAAGAAGAAGGGCGUCUCGCUGAGCGACUUUUGGUUCUAG